AUGCCGUUUUAUAUUCCCCUUUCUGUGAAAUUUGCAGUUACUGCAGGGGCAAUUGUUGGAGGUACAGUUGCCUUCAUCAGCAAUAAGGAGAAGAUGUUAGAGUUUGCUGAGCAUGCUUUCCAAGCAGGUGCGAAUUUCUGCAGGGACAAGCAGGAGCAGCUUAAGCAAGCCAAUAUGGCCUUCGCUGAUAGCCAUUUAGACGGGUCAUUCAAUGGCAGAGGUACCAGCUCGGGGUUCUCGAGCGGAGUGUCGACACCAGACCUUUCGGACGAAGAAGAGGAUGAUGAUGAUGACGAAGAAGAAGAAUAUGGCGAUGGGUAUUUCGAUAAGGACGAAUUGGAUUGA